AUGUCUGAAGCUUUGAAUGACGUCACUAUAAAAAGAAGGAGGAGAAUUAGAUGGGAUCAAGGGGAUCCCUCUGGAGAUCCAAUAAAUCGAACUGUUAUAGUUGAGAAGGUCCCAAUGUUGUUCAACUCUCAAACAUUAUCUACAUUCUUGUGUGGUGCUAUAUGUGCUUUACAAGGUAAGCCCGCUGAUAGUUUAAACACGUUUAUCUCAUCAAUUAAAGAAAUUACAUGUGAAGAUGCUCAAUUAACUGUAAAUGACAAUAAUAGUACAAUACACAAUAUAUAUUCUUCAAAUGCAGGAAGUAAAAGUGGGGGUUCUUCAUUUAACCAUGGGAUUAGUAGAACUUUUCGUGUAGAGCUUCAAACUAUCAUUUACACAUUACUUUGUCUUAAACUAAAUGGAAUUCCAAUUGGUACAUCUUCAAGUAAACUUAUAUGUAGAAGACCCAAAGAAUAUAUCCCUCCACCAGAAGGUGAUCCUAUUAACACAUUUCAGAUAGUACUAGAUAAACCUGAAUCAAAACAAAUUUCAACCGAAAAGUGUAUUUUAAAAGAUUUGCCAAUAGACAUUAGUGAAGAAUCUCUUCGUAAACAAUUAGAAACUAUUGGACCAAUAAAGACGUUGGUAGUUAUAUAUGAUCCAAUAACGGGAGUACCAAAAGGAGUUGGUAGCUUUGAAUUCGAAGAUAGCUUAAACUGCAACAAGGCUGUUGAGAAGUUUCAUGGAAGACCUAUAGAGGGUACCAAAAAUGGAGUAUGGAAUAUUCAACUCAGUAGUGGAAUCUUAGCUAAGUCAAAUAAUAAUGUAAGUCUUAACUCAACAAGUCUACCAAUAUCCUCCACAACACCUUCGAAUCAAGCUUCCGUUAUAUCCUUUAUCACACCAAGAGAAUACAAACCAGUUACAAGUUUAACUAAAAGUAUGUCAUAUAAACUUUUAAGCAGCCCAAUAAUUGGACUAAUUCUUUGUGCUUCAAAAAAAGUUGGAGAAACUCCAAGUAAGGUCGUACAACUCUUAAAUAUAAUUCAGCCUGAAGAAUUACUAGAUGAUCAAGAAUAUCAUUCAAUAUUAGAUUCUGUAAAAACUGAGGCAGAGAAAUUUGGUACUAUUUUAGAGAUCUUCAGCCCACGGCCUAAAAGUAGAGAAAACUUAUACUGUAAUGGAGCUGGGAAAAUUUUUAUAUAUUUUGCAGACAUAACAAGUGCUAGAAGAGCUCAAUACCAGCUAAAUGGAAGGAUAUUUGAUCAUGUUAAAACUGUCUGUGCAUCAUUUUUUCCUCUAGAAAAGUAUCUUAAUCGUGAAUAUUCCAUAGUUAACUACACAAUAUAA